AUGAGGUUUUCAAUCUUCGCCGUGGCUGCAUCCUUUGGCUUAGGCCUUGCCGCGCCUACUCAGCAUUCAAAGCGCGAUGAUUGCAGCUCAAGUGACCAAGGUGCCAGGGCCAAAUUAACAGUCCUUGUCUACGAUAUUCUGGACUCGAUGCGCACCAUUACCAGGGUCGGCAAGCCUAGCCUCCUUGCCAUCGACACCACAGUAGGCUCAGCUUAUUUCGCCCUUGCAGUCAGUGAAGGGAAUGAUGAGCUUCAAUCAGUCCUGCGAGGCCGCGUCAAGGUCGUCGAUGACAAGAUCACCGAGCUGGAAAUCUACAUCAACCGCUCGCGCGGUGACCACGGCUUCACCUUUUCGGCGGCAGAGCUUGCGGAGAAUUCGGAAUUCUGGACGGAUCUGCCUUCCAAUCGGACCAAGGCAUCCAGGGAGACAUUGGAGAAGGUCAGCGCCGCUACUUUCAGCCCUAACACAACCUUUGAAGCUAAGCUGGCGGACGACUGCCAGUUCACUGAAGUUGGAGGGAGGGUGGUUGAUGCUGGCCCAAACAGAAACGGUUCUUAUGACCCACUUGGAUGCCAAUUCCCGGGCCUUCCAUCCGACAAGAACGCAAGGCUGAACCUAGUGAUUGACGAGGAGACGGGGAUAGUCGUCACUGGCGCCAUUAUUCCUGGCAUUGUGUAUCCCUAUGGAAACAUCUCUGCUUUCAUUCCCAACGAGCUGAGUGCGCCGCGGGUGGCUCAGGACUUGUGGACCAAUGUUACAUUGGCCGAGGGCGGCACUGGAUUGCUGGAGAAGGCCCCUGCAACCGGCGAGGUGUUGGAAGUGGUUCAGUACUACAAUAACAAGAUCUAUGCUGUGCAGGUCAACCUCUACUUGAGCGGACCUGGCAUGACCUCGGUCUGGCCUUCAAAGGUUGAAUGA